AGCUGUGAUUUGAAAAUCAUUCAAUUCGGUGACAGAACAAUUCAAACAUGGACAUUUGAAGAAACAUUUUUGGGUCUGGCGGUCGUCAUACUAUCAUAUUUAUUUUUAGUACUGAGGUUGUUACCGAAUUUCAUGAAAAACAGAAAACCUUUUCAAUUGAAGAACGCACUGCUGUUUUACAACAUCUUUCAAGUUGCCUUCGCAUCAUAUGCAGUAUUUUUGUAUACAAGAUAUAUUGUAAAACACGGCGUUAUUACAACUCGGUGCCCUAAAGGUGAAGACUUAAAAGCGGUUAUUUCCGAAAUCACACCAUAUUUUAUAGCAAAGCACAUCGACCUAUUAGAUACGGUAUUCUUCGUGCUCCGUAAGAAGGAGAAUCAAGUUACUUUCCUCCAUGUUUUCCACCACACACUCAUGCUUACAUGGGCCUGGUUUUACCAGCUGUAUUACCCUGCGGACCAUUUCGUGGUGGUUGGGCUCAUAAACAGCUUCGUACAUGUAUUGAUGUACGCGUACUAUGGGAUUUCGUCAUUAGGACCGGAGUACGCUAAAUAUGUUUGGUGGAAGAAGCACCUCACUAAAGUUCAGUUGAUACAAUUCAUCCUGGUGCUAUGCAAUCUCUACUACCAGCAGAAGUUAACUCCGUGCCCCAUUCCAGCCUUGUUCCACUACUACUGCCUCUCCUGCAUAAUCUCCUUCUUCGUUCUCUUCAUGAACUUCUAUUUAAGAAGUUACUUUACUGUAUCAAGGAAAAAAGCAGCACUGAAAAGUAUGGAAGGAAACAAUACUUGUGAUGUUGGAAUAAAAAUAAAUUGA